AUGUUCCCGUGCAACGAAUAUGAACGGAAAUUUUUGGCUCAGCAUAACCCCGGAACUUCACCACAAAAAACACAGGGACACUCGCCGCGUAUAACACCAACUAAAUAUCGCCCGGAUGGCGGUGAUCGUUAUAUACCUAUUCGACAAAGUAGUGCGGAGUGGGCAACAAGAUUCGCUGCAAUUGCAUCAUCGUCGCCGGACGCGCCUAAUCUGUUCAAGAGACCUAGUGUGGGAAUACAGGGAACAUCGAUCGGUGCAUCCAGUAACGGAAAUGUAGCAAAUGCACAAGCAGCUCCAGCUACGAGUGCUAUUGAUGAUUCUCGCAUGGAUUCUGCAGCUCACCGAGCUCUGCUGAGGAACGAACUUCUAAGCGAUAACAUUGACGAUAUUAGAGCAGAUCUUGAAGGGUUUGAUACGGGUCGGUUGCGUGAUAGUCCUAGUGGUGGUCUUUUCAAGUUCGGACAACGAACGCCAACGAAAUAUGGUGAUGCAUCAACAAGCCAUGCUGCGCGUUCCCUAUUUGGAGGACCACCAUUAAGCGAAGGGAGUCAGCGUCUUCUCAAAUCUCCCCGUAAACCACAACGUAAAGUACCUAAAAAUCCCUAUAAGGUCUUAGAUGCACCUGAGCUGCAAGAUGAUUUUUAUCUGGAUUUGGUGGAUUGGUCAUCGCAAAAUAUGCUUUCUGUUGGAUUACAUACUUGUGUAUAUCUCUGGAGUGCAUGUAAUAGUCAAGUUGUAAAGCUUUGCGAUCUUGCGACUGAUGGUGACAGCGUAACAUCUGUUCAGUGGGCUGAUAAAGGUGACUUAUUGGCUGUUGGCACAAAUAAAGGCAUCACACAGAUAUGGGAUGUUCAUGCGCAGAAAAGGCUUCGGGAACUCACUGGACAUUCAUCAAGAAUCGGCUGCUUAGCGUGGAACACCGAUCUCGUGUGUUCAGGCUCUAGAGAUCGCUUCAUUAUACAGAGAGAUAUCCGUCAACCAGCACAAUAUGCUGAACGAAGACUUAAUGCGCAUCGGCAAGAAGUCUGUGGAUUGAAGUGGUCUCCAGACAGACAAUAUUUGGCAUCAGGUGGCAAUGACAAUCAAGUUUUGGUGUGGAGUUUGAGAAGAAAUGAUCCUUGUCAGAUCUAUACGGAGCAUAAUGCAGCAGUGAAAGCUCUGGCGUGGUCUCCACAUCAUCAUGGUCUUCUUGUUUCUGGCGGUGGUACUGCCGACAGAUGUCUUCGUUUCUGGAACACAUUGACGGGCCAGUCGUUGCACUGCAUUGAUACUGGUAGUCAGGUAUGCAAUGUAGCGUGGUCGAAACACAGUUCAGAGCUGGUAUCAACACAUGGUUAUUCAUACAACCAAGUUAUUAUAUGGAAAUACCCAUCUUUGCAACCAGUUACGAAACUUACAGGGCAUCAGUACAGAGUGCUGUAUUUGGCAAUGUCUCCAGAUGGCGAAUCGAUUGUGACAGGUGCGGGUGAUGAAACUUUGCGUUUCUGGCAUGUAUUUAGCAAAGUUGGGCAACAAAAAGUUGUUCGUUCAAAGUUGAAUCUGCUCUCAAGUAUUCGUUAA